AUGGCGGACAUCAAAGUUCCUAUCACCAUCGCUUACCGAGCACCCGGAACUCAGCCUCCACUCUUCGUCGCCGGCACCUUCUCCCAUCCACAAUGGGUGCCCCAGGAGAUGGAUUAUACCACUGGUGAAGAUGGAGGGUUCACCUUCUCCAAAGCUUUCGAUGUUGAACCAAACUCAAAAAUCCAGUACAAGUUCCGUGUCGGCCCUGGAGACUGGUGGGUUCUUGAUGAGGCUGCACCUAUUGUGACCGACGAUGCGGGCAAUAGAAAUAACUUCAUCGAGGCUCCAUCUGCGGAAGAGACCAAACCAGAGGAGCCAAUCCAAGCCACAAAAAAUGACGACGAACUGUCGAGUACAAACCAUGUCCAUCAGCCAAAGCCGGUUGCAAGACUUGAAGCUCUCAAAGAGGCCGGGAAGGUCGAUCGAUCGGCAACCAGCACCCCCGAGUAUGCAAGGACUGCAGCAGAAGUGGCCGAGUCAGCUGCCUUGCUCGACCCGCCAACUCCCCAGCCCGAGACCGUUGACGCGGUUGCCUCCGCUCCGCCUCAAGAGGCUGCUGAUACGGCCGCUGAGGUCGCUGAUACAGCUAAGGAUCUUGACAAUGAUUUGGCCGAAGAGCACACGGAGACCGUCGUACCUGCACCAAAGACCAUUGCGGACAUCAAAGAGGACCUUCAGAAGGACAAUCUCGAUAUCGCUGGGUUCAGUAAUGAGCCUGAGCCAGUGCCGUUGUUUGCUCAUGAAUGUGCGGGCCUAUAUGAAGACGACGAGAUCCCAGGUGUACCGGAAGACGAGCAACAAGCCGAGAUCGUGAAUGGGAACACCCGUGGCCAAGCCAAGGAAGACUUCGAGGACCCGACACUUGAGCGGUUCCCUUCAUCGAAAACUGAAAUACUUGCUGCUGUCAGAAAGGUCGAGACCGGUCUCAAUGCCAAUCAGACGUUGAACGAAGGAGUGCCGCCAUCCCCUGUCUUCCGAACAAGGACUCGGAGCACUGGUGAUGACCACGGAGAACAACACUCUCCCGAACUGAGUCCGGUAUCUUCUAAGGGAUUACAGCACUUGCCCUUGCCCGUGGCACAACCCCAGGAGAGCUUGAGCGAGCGUUCCCUCUCGGCGGCCUCUCUCGGUUCUAUCGCCGAGGAUGACGAGGCCGAUGCUGCAACGGCCGAGGAGAUUGCACCAAUUGUCGAGCAAGCCGAAACUGCGGAUGAGGCCAUCAAGGUGGCAAAGGACGCAGAGGGCGAUGUUGCCCUUGAUCCCGCCAAGUCUGCCUCGCGGCCAGUAGUGACUGUCCCAAGUCCAUCGGUCAAGAACAACAACGACCUGAUCUCUCCGGUCAGUGAUGAGGAUGAGGCUGUGGUGAUGAAGGAUGGCAAGGGCAAGGACAAGAGCGUGGAAAAUGGACACACGGGCUAUCUGACGCCGGAGCGAGCAACGACUCCCAAGCCAGAGGAGCCUGGCAGCCCGAGUGAACCUGCCCCAAACACCGCGAGCCCAGUCGAAGACGCAGCUUCCGUGACAGAACCCGGGCAGAAGACUAUUCCUGUGCCGCCAAGUCCAAAGAUAGUGGUGUCCGAGGCUGAGGAUAUACAGCCUCAAGAAGCGCUUGAUGAAGCACCAUCAUCCAACGACAACGGGCACAAGGACAUCGAGGCUCCUUCUUCCAGCGCUGAUCAGGAUGAGACUGGCUCACGAAGCGAGCCGGCCGCCACGUCUUCUGCAAUCGAGGAUAACCAGUCCUCCUCGUUGAAGAAGCGAUCUGCUCCUCAGUCGGACUCCAGAGAUCGGUCCGGCACGCCAGCACCGAUCCCGGACAAUGAUUGGGAGGCGGCCAAGAACGGAAACUGGUUCUCGGCCUUUUUUAGGCUGAUCUUUGUCGACUGGGUUGGUGGUUUCGUUAGUAGGUUGUGUGGAAGCAGACGCAAGACUACGUAA